CAGCCCGCGGCGGCUCGCCGCGCCAGCCAAGUUGGGAUGGGGGCCCGCAGGCACCGCUCGGCGCCCCGGAGGCCACCUGCGUGCUAGAGGCAAACUUUUGUCUCCCUCGGGCUGCCACCCAGGACUAUGCGUGGCUAGGAUGGAGACGUCCGCCUCAGCCACGGCCACGGACAAGAAAGAAGCCAAAAGUGGGAUCCUGGAGGGCGUCGCUUUCCCCGACCCUGGCAGGAAGGCCUCGGCCCUCGCGGUGGCCACUGCGGCGGCCGCGGUAGCCACCCAAGGAGUGCCGACACACCUCCUGCCACCGUUCCACGCCCCCUUCCCGAUUGACAUGCGACACCAGGAGGGAAGGUACCAUUACGAGCCUCACUCCGUCCACGGUGUGCACGGGCCUCCCGCCCUGAGUGGCAGCCCGGUCAUCUCGGAUAUCUCAUUGAUCCGACUUUCCCCACACCCUGCCGGCCCUGGGGAGUCCCCCUUCAACGCCCCUCACCCGUACGUGAGCUCCCACAUGGAGCAGUACCUCUGCACUGUGCACGGCAGCCCCACGCACCCCGCCAUCUCUGCGGCCAGGGGCCUCAGCCCUGUGGACGCGGCCCACGAGCACCUUAAAGAGAGGGGGCUGUUUGGCCUCCCCGCUCCAGGCACCAACCCCUCAGACUAUUACCACCAGAUGACCCUCAUGGCAGGGCACCCCACGCCGUAUGGGGACCUGCUGAUGCAGAGCGGGGGCGCGGCCAGCGCACCCCAUCUCCAUGACUACCUCAAUCCAGUGGACGUGUCGCGUUUCUCCAGCCCCCGAGUGACGCCCCGGCUGAGCCGCAAGCGGGCGCUGUCCGUCUCCCCGCUCUCGGAUGCCAGCCUUGACCUGCAGCGCAUGAUCCGGACCUCGCCCAACUCGCUGGUGGCCUACAUCAACAACUCGAGGAGCAGCUCGGCCGCCAGCGGCUCCUACGGGCACCUGUCGGCCGGCACCCUCAGCCCGGCCUUCACCUUCCCCCACCCCAUCAACCCCGUGGCCUACCAGCAGAUCCUGAGCCAGCAGCGGGGCCUGGGCUCGGCCUUCGGACACACGCCACCCCUGAUCCAGCCCUCACCCACCUUCCUGGCCCAGCAGCCCAUGGCCUUCACCUCCAUCAGUGCCACAUCCACGCAGCUCGGUAGCAGCAGCAACUGUCUGAGUGAUGCCCACCAGAGCAAGCAGAGCGGCGAGUCGGCCGUGAGCAGCACCGUCGACCCCCUCGUCGGCCACAAGCGCAGCAAGGUCAAGACGGAGGCCGAGGGCCUGCGGCCGGCCUCCCCUCUGACCCUGACGCAGGAGCAGCUGGCUGACCUCAAGGAGGACCUGGACCACGAUGACUGUAAGCGAGAGGCCGAGGUGGUCAUCUACGAGACCAGUUGCCGCUGGGAGGACUGCAGCAAGGAGCACGAGACCCAGGAGCAGCUGGUGCAUCAUAUCAAUAACGAGCACAUCCACGGGGAGAAGAAGGAGUUCGUGUGUCGCUGGCAGGCCUGCACACGGGAGCAGAAACCCUUCAAGGCGCAGUACAUGCUGGUGGUGCACAUGCGCAGACACACGGGCGAGAAGCCCCACAAGUGCACGUUUGAGGGCUGCUCUAAGGCCUACUCCCGCCUGGAGAACCUGAAGACGCACCUGCGCUCCCACACGGGGGAGAAGCCGUACGUGUGUGAGCACGAAGGCUGCAACAAAGCCUUCUCGAAUGCCUCGGACCGCGCCAAGCACCAGAACCGCACCCAUUCCAGCGAGAAACCCUACAUCUGCAAGAUCCCAGGCUGCACCAAGAGGUACACGGACCCCAGCUCCCUCCGGAAGCACGUGAAAACGGUCCACGGCCCAGACGCUCACGUCACCAAGAAGCAGCGCAACGACGCGCACCUCCGCACCCCCCUGCUCAGGGAGAACGGCGACAGCGAGGCCGGCGCCGAGCCUGGCCGGGGCUCCGAGGAGAGCGCCGAGGCCGGCAGCACCAGCCAGGCCGUGGAGGACUGCCUGCAUGUCAAAGCCAUCAAGACCGAGCGCUCCGGGCUGUGUCAGUCCAGCCCCGGCGCCCAGUCUUCCUGCAGCAGCGAGCCCUCUCCCCUGGGCAGUGCCCCCAACAAUGACAGCGGCGUGGAGAUGCCGGGGACAGGGCCCGGGAGCCUGGCAGACCUGACGGCCUUGGAUGACCCACCGCCAGGGGCCGACGCCCCCGCCCUGGCCGUCCCCUCUGCCGGUGGCCUGCAGCUGCGCAAACACGUGACCGCUGUGCACCGGUUCGAGCAGCUCAAGAGGGAGAAGUUCAAGUCGCUCAAGGAUUCCUGCUCAUGGGCCGGGCCGGCUCCACACACCCGGAACUCCAAGCUGCCCCCGCUGCCGGCAAGUGGCUCCGUGCUGGAAAACUUCAGAGGCGGCGGCGGGCCGGCGGGGCUGCAGCCCAACCCGCGGCCGUCCGAGCUGUCCCCCGGUGAGGUGACCGUGCUGAGCCGCCUGCAUGAGCGCCGCGACAGCUCCACCAGCACGGUCAGCUCGGCCUACACCGUGAGCCGCCGCUCCUCGGGCAUCUCCCCCUACUUCUCCAGCCGCCGCUCCAGCGAGGCCUCUCCCCUGGGCGCCGGCCGCGCGCACCCCGCCAGCUCCGCCGACUCCUAUGACCCCAUCUCCACCGACGCGUCGCGGCGCUCCAGCGAGGCCAGCCAGUAUGGCGGCAGCGGUGGCGGCGGCCCCGGGCUGCUGCAGCUCACGCCCGCCCAGCAGUACAGCCUGCGGGCCAAGUACGCGGCGGCCACGGGUGGGCCGCCCCCCACCCCACUGCCCGGCCUGGAGUGCGCUAGCCUGCGGACCCGGCUGGCGCUCCCGGCUGCGCCCGAGCUCACGCUGCCCGCCACCUGCCCGCGCCCGAUCGGGCCUCGGCGGGGCAGCGACGGGCCGCACUACGGGCCGGCGGGGCCGGCGCCCUCCUUCCCCCGCGAGGCGCCGGGCGGUGGCGUGCGGAGGGCCAGCGAUCCCGGGAGGCGACCCGACGCCCAGGCGCCCCCGCGGGUGCAGCGCUUCCACAGCGCCCACGACGUGACCCCGGCCGCUCUGCCACCGCCCUGCGCCCAGGGCCGAGGCCUCCGUCUGCAGAGCCACGUGAGCGCCGACGGCGGCCCGGCCCGCGGCCCCUACUCGCCCCGGCCGCCCAGUAUCAGCGAGAACGCAGUGAUGGAGGCCUUGGCGGCGGGGGCGGACGGCGCGGGCCCCGAGGCCACCCUCGGGCUGCCGGAGGACGACCUUGUGCUGCCCGACGACGUUGUGCAGUACAUCAGGGCGCGUGCCGGUGGCACCCUGGAGGAGAGCGCCCCGAAGGCAUACCCCCCGGAGAGCACCUGCUUCUCCGAGAACCCCAAACUGCCCAGCCCCGGGCUGCACGGCCGGCGCACGAUAGCGGCCGCAGACUCCAACGUGGGCCCCUCUGCCCCUGUGCCGGGAGGCUGCCCACUGGGUUACGGGGCCCCCUCCAGCCUGAACAAAAGCAGCAUGCCCGUGCAGUGGAACGAGGUGAGCUCGGGCACCGUGGACGCCCUGGCCAGCCAGGGGAAGCCUGCGCCCUUCCCACAGGGCCACCUGGCGGUGGUGCCGCAGAAGCCAGCCUUCAGCCAGUACCCCAGUUAUAGCCAGCAGGGCCUGCAGCUGAGCCCCGGGGUGCUGGACGGCUCGCAGCCACACCUGCAGGCCUGCGCUGGAGCGCCCCCCGCGCCCCGGGUAAACUACACGCAGCAGCAGCUGCAGCUGCGGCAGCAAGGGCCGGGUGGCCAGUGUUCCCGCAUGGCGGCUGCUCUGAGCAGCCGCCCCGGCUACGGCCAAGCCCAUCCCCAGCUGAGCCCCCUGGCUGGGGCCCCGCACCAGUUCUCCCGGUCCUGCAGCAACAUGGCGGCCAAGCCAGGCCCCCUGGGGCUCCCCCAGCAGAUGGAAGUUGCCCCUGACCCCGCCAUGACGGGCAGCAGCCCCAGGGAACUUGGCAUCGUCCCCGGCUCCAGCCUGGCUAGGAUGCCACCGCCUCCCCUAGCCCAGAGCUACCCACAGCAGAGCCACCACCUGGCCGCAGCCAUGAGCCAGGAGGGCUACCGCCAAGGCCCCGGCCCUGGGCCUUCCCACCAGCCUGGCUUCAUGGGGCCUCAGCAGGGCCCGACGGGGGCGGCAGGAUCGAGCUUCGGCCUGGUGCAACCCCGGCCACCCGCAGAGCCCGGCCCUGCUGGCCGCCACCGUGGGGUGCGUGCAGGGCAGCAGCUGGCCUACGCCAGGGCUGCAGGCCACGCCAUGGCUGCCCUGUCGGCCGACCAGGAGAUGGCAGAGUCUGUGCCCAAGGGGACAAUGGGCAGCGUGUUGGCCCUGACUCCCCAGGCACCCCCCCGGGAUGCGGCUGGGGCCCAGGACCGCAGCACGCUUUACUAUUACGGCCAGAUCCACAUGUACGAGCAGAACGGAGGCCUGGAGAGCCAGGGCCAGGCCAUGCGGCCCCCGCCUCCGCAGCCCCAGGCCUUGCCCUCGCCAGGGCUCAGCCAGGUGUCCAGCACUGUGGACUGCCAGCUACUCGAGGCCCCCCAGAUUGAUUUUGAUGCCAUCAUGGAUGACGGCGAUCACUCCAGCUUGCUCUCGGGGGCCCUGAGCCCCAGUCUCCUGCACGGCUUCUCCCAGAGCUCCUCCCGCCUCACCACCCCGCGCAGCUCCCUGACCCUGCCCUCCGUCCCCACGGGCUUCAGCAACAUGGCCGUGGGGGACAUGAGCUCCAUGCUCACCAGCCUGGCCGAGGAGAGCAAGUUCCUCAACAUGAUGACCUAAGGCCCCGGCCCCCGGCACUGUGCGGACCCCGAGGGACCAGCGCUUCCCGGAGCACAGGGCUUUCGUCCAUUUCAUCUUUUUUCCCCCAAAAAGUAUUAAAGAGGUCUGAGGGAGUUUGGCCAGUGGCUGGUUCAGACCACAGAGGCUUUAACGGCAGGUUUACGUGUGUCCUGUCUGGUCUUCUGUUCGAUUAUCUUUCGGAACUCUGAAAAAAAGUCUCGGCAGAAGAGGCGAGGCAGGAAUGCAAAACUCGUUUACACGGCGCUUCGCAGCCUUUGGUGUUUAUAGGACCGCUCUGUCCUGGCUUUGUCACCUCUGUCAUCUGGCUAAUGAGGGAUUGCGUUGACCCAGGGCUUUCCAAGCACGCGCGUGGAAAGAGGCGAGAGGAACCACAUUUGGGUUUGAAGCUGAAAGCCAUGCUGGGUAUUCUAAUCCAGGAAGAUAGGUUUCUUGUGCCAGUGCCUGCAAAGUAAAGGAAUUCAUGGCCCCCGGAAUUCUUCUGUGAAGCUUACUUCUGGAGGCCUCGAACAUCCCUUGCCAUGGAGUGGGAAAAAGUUUUUUGUUUACCUGGAUGAUUUGGAAGCACAUUCUGAUGCCGGGUUGGGUAGAGCAGGCAUCUGUACCCCGCAAAGCAAAGUUUACAGCUGGCCGACUGUCCAAGUGUGUGUGGAUGAAUAAAGUAUGGCAGCAUCGCCC